GCUCGGACAGCCCCCCACUGGUGGCUAGAUCCCGGCCUGUGACUGUAGUGUGCUUGUCCGGUCCCUGCCCGCCCACCUGCCCUGCGUCCUGCGCGCGGCCCAUGGUCGGCUCCCUUAGCCCACUGCGCGCCCUGCCGAUCCCGAGCGACGAGAGCCCGCUAUCCCUGCGCGCCGCGGCCCUGGCCAUGAGCACCGAGCUCUACCAGUCCGCCAUGGAGGUGGCCGUGUACCAGCUGCACAACUUCUCCAUUUCCUUCUUCUCCUCGCUGCUCGGCGGGGACGUGGUCUCCGUCAAGCUGGACAACAGCGCCUCCGGAGCCAGCGUGGUGGCGAUCGACAACAAGAUCGAGCAGGCGAUGGAUCUAGUGAAAAACCACUUGAUGUAUGCUGUGCGGGAGGAGGUGGAGAUCCUCAAAGAGCAGAUCAAAGAACUGGUGGAGAAGAACUCCCAGCUGGAGCGAGAGAACAGCCUCUUGAAAACGCUGGCCAGCCCUGAGCAGCUGGAGAAAUUCCAGUCCCGGCUGCCUGCAGAGGUGCUAUCUGCAGAGGAGCAGGGCGGGGCGGCUACCCCGGCCCAGCACACCAGGGGCUCUGCGGUGUAAGGUGGCUCUGUCCUUGGAGUGGGCAGAGCCACUGAACUCUUGCUACUUAAUCUCCUUAAAAGUUGUUUCCUUCCUCAUCUCAUGUGGAGAACUUCCCAAGCUAGCGAGAGCUACGAGAUGUGCCAGGGGCGCUGCCCCAGCUGCUGGGACACUGACUGGCUCUGAAGGAGUGAGGUGUCAUGUUAGGACACUGCACAGCCAGACGACCCCCAACAGGGGCCUCUUUGCAUGUCCUUGAGAGUGCAGGGGCUGCAAAACGGGUCAUGUGCCCUCACUGCACCGUUCAGCUGGGUUCCUGUUGCACUUGACAAAGACUGAUCCUUGGAGGAAGCCAGUUGUUGUUGAAGAGAGAUACAAUCUGCCCCUCCUGCCACCCUGGAAUGGGCCUGGGGCAGGAACCAAAAACUGACCCCGUCAGCACCUUUCUUUUGGCGGCUGUGGACAGUGCAUGGCUUGUGUAGACCACAGGUUGGGGAUUACAAGGAAAGCUUUGUUUCGUUAGUGCAGGGAUUUUUAUAUCCUUAACUGCAUCUAAGGAACGUAUACACGCAACCAGUGCUGGGGACGGCUACAGAAACCUGGGGCUCUUGCGGGGGCUCUAUGGAUGCUGCUGCCCAUAGCUGUAUGCCUGGGGCCAGCUGGGGAUUCCAGCCGAGCGUGGAGGCGGGACGCUUGGAUGCUGUUUGGAAAUGGGUGACUGGAGCUCUCUCGCUGUGGGAUAGAUUUUUAUACAUAGCUCGGUCUGUGUACAGACCCCCCCCCCAGGAGGGAGAUUCCCCCUCCUCCGGCCUGCCCAGUGCAGGGCCACAGGAUACCCACAGCAGAGAUUUUAUAAUGAAACAUGCCAAUGAGACCUGCCUGCCGUGGACGGGGCUGCAUGGUCCCUCGGGGGUGAGAGCCGAGGUUAUUUGCUCCGUGAGCGUUUCCCCCCCCCCCCCCCGACAGAGCUCUCGCGGAGCAGACUGGGUGUUGCUCUCGACAUUGGACUGUCAGAGCAUUAAUGUGACUGUGUGAAUCUAGCUAGAAAUGGCAAUAAACUCUACUUUUGAUAUAGA